AAGUAGUCUUCACCUUAUCUGCUCAACAACUUAUUUUUUUGUUCUUAAUGCCCUUUUCUUACAGAAGGCUAAAUGCGACUUCUCAUAAGGACAUUUUGUGAUUCUGCAGGUCGAUUGUUGAAGCAUAGACCAUCUAAUACCAUUUUGCUAACUGGACUUAGUGGAAGUGGUAAAACCAUUAUUUUUUGCCAGCUUCGAGACGGUUCAUCUCAUCAGGGUACUGUGACCUCAAUGGAACCUAAUGAAGGCACUUUUAUACUACACUCUGAAAUGACUAAGAAGGGCAAAUUAAAGCCUGUUCAUGUUGUUGAUGUUCCUGGGCAUUCCCGUCUUCGGUCCAAAUUAGAAGAGUUCUUGCCUCAAGUGGCAGGCAUUGUUUUUGUGGUGGAUGCUGUUGAGUUCUUAUCAAAUAGUCGUGCAGCUUCAGAGUACCUAUAUGAUAUUUUAACCAAGGCAAGUGUUGUGAAGAAAAAAAUUCCAAUACUACUACUCUGCAACAAGGUGGAUAAAGUUACUGCACACACGAAGGACUUCAUCAGAAAACAGCUGGAAAAGGAAAUUGAUAAGCUUCGUUCAUCAAGAGCAGCUCUAUCUUCAGCAGAUAUUGCCAAUGAAUACACACUCGGGGUACCUGGAGAAGCCUUUGCAUUUUCUCAGUGUCAUAACAAAGUUACAGUUGCAGAAGCAUCUGGUUUGACUGGUGACCUCUCUCAGUUAGAGCAGUUUAUUAGGGAGCAUGUGCAGGGAAAAGCUGAAAUGUGUUAUGGAGGAAAAAAAAAAAUCUUGAGUGGAAAGUUUCUACUAUAUGUUAGACAUUGAUGAUUGAUUAAUUCAGAUUAUUGUGUUAAUUGCAGAUCUGGAGGAACUGUAAUUUUUCUUGUUUGAUGGUAGUUCAUGUAAUGCUUGAUUGGUGUGAAUUAUAGUCUCUUGAAUCCUUCUUUUCUA